UCUUUUCCAUAGGAGCUGAUGACUAAAAUUUAAAAAAUAUUUCUAAUUCGUAUUUUGAAUUCGAAGAAAAAACAAUUAAAAUAUUGUUUAUCUCUAUUAUGACUAGCGUCGUCAAUUGGUGGGAAAAGUGCGUAAAAACAUGUUUUGAGGUUAGGUAGAAACCUUGAAUCGGCGCGAAAAUGGCGCAAAGGACAAUAACGUCGUUCUUCACAAAGCUUUCUGACACUAACGUAACACCUGCUGAAUCAAGUAGUUCCGCCAAGAAGAAGGAUGAUGACACAAAUGGAAAAAGGAAAAGGGAAGAGUGUUCUUCUGAUAAUGUCUCAGCAGAUUCCCCUCCUGCAAAGAAGUUGGACGGUAGCUCAUCGGAAACUAAAGCGAAUUCUAGUUCUCCAUCUCCAAAAUCAGCCCUCUCUAAGAAAACUGGCCUUUCAAAGAAAGAUAAAUCGCUAGUAUCCGGAAUUGCGAAAGAAGUAGAAAAGAGAAAGCAAAAAACACCGAAAAAGACGGAAACCAAACAAAAGGAGAAGAAAUCGAAAAAAGAUGCAAGUUUUGAAAAGGCUAAAGAAAAAGAGUACAAGCAGAAGGAAAAGAAAUCGAAGAAAGAGGUGAGUCCUGAAAAGGAAAAAGAACAAGAAAAGGAAAACAAAAAUAAGGAAAAGGCACCGAAGAAAGACACAAGCCCUGAAAAAGAAAAAGAAAACAAACCUGCGUUAGAGUCACCAGAACAUAAAAAACCCGAAAACAAAAAAACCACUCCGAAAAUUAUGCUGGCUAUCAACGGAAAGGAUAAGAAAGAAAAAAGCGGUAAAAAGAUGAAGAGAAUUAUUCGUCCUUCCGAUUCAAGUGAUGAAGAAGGCCACUUAGCAUUGCCAGUGAGUCCAGUGAAAGCGAAAAAAGAAGCAUCCGUUGAAUCUCCAGAGGAGAAAAAGGAAAGUGAUGUUGAUGAGAAUGGAAAAUCCCAUAUGGAGUCUCAAGAAGAACCUAAAGAAGAAAAAAUGGAUACUGAGGUUGAUGCUGAGAACGGAAAAUCCGAAGUAGAGUCUCAAGAAGAAAUUAAAAUAGAAAAAAUGGAUUCUGAGGUUGAUGCUGAGAACGGAAAAUCCGAUGUGGAGUCUGAGAAGGAAGAAGUAAAAUCAAAGUCUAAAAAAAAGAAGGAUGAUUCCGAUGCUGAGAGUGAUAAAUCUGAUGAAGACCUGAAACAAGAAGAAGAACUUGAUGAAUCUAAAUACUCUGAAAAAUCUAAAGGCGAAGACUCGCCAAAACCUCUUUUCAAACUUUUUGCUCCCAAGCCGAAAGCAAGUCCAAAAGAGGAAAGUAAGAAAAAAGGGAAGGCUGAAAAGAGCAAAAGCGAAAAGAAGAGUAAAAAGGGGAAGAAAGACGAUAAGGAAGAGAAAGGGGAAAAAGAAGUGAAAGAAGAGAAAGGCGAAAAGAAAGAAGUAAAAGAAGAGAAAGGUGAAAAGAAAGAAACUGCUACUUAUGAUUACAAUCCGAGUAAAUCUUCCUAUCAUCCAAUUCUCGAUGCUUGCUGGAGACGCGAAGAAAAGGUUCCUUAUAUUGCUUUGACUCGAACUUUGGAACUCAUAGAAGAUACGAGCGCUCGGUUGAAAAUAGUGGAAAUUCUAUCAAAUUAUUUCCGUUCUGUAAUAAUUUUGAGUCCCAAUGAUCUCAUUGCAAGUGUUUAUCUCUGUCUUAAUCAACUUGCGCCCGCAUAUCAAGGACUUGAAUUAGGAAUUGCGGACACGAAUUUAAUGAAAGCGAUUGCUCAGUGCACCGGCAGAACAAUGGCUCAAAUUAAAGCAGAAGUUCAAAAAGUUGGCGAUUUAGGAAUUGUGGCUGAAGGAAGUCGUUCAAAUCAACGAACAAUGUUUCAACCAGCGCCUUUGUCCAUUCCUACCGUUUACUCGAAACUGAAAGAAAUCGCACAAAUGACCGGAAAUGCGUCAACGACCAAGAAGGUGGAUAAAAUUCAGUCACUUUUCGUCGCCUGUCGGUUCACAGAAGCGAGGUAUCUCAUCAGAUCGCUUGCUGGAAAACUUAGAAUAGGUCUUGCCGAGCAAUCUGUACUAUCAGCUUUGGCUUUAGCUUGUGCAAAGACUCCACCGGAACAAAGUUAUCCUCCAGAAGUUUUAGAUGCGAGCAGCAAAAUAUCGACUGAAAAAUUCAAGCUGAAAUACGAUGAAAUUUCUCUUAUAAUCAAAACAACUUACUGCGAAUGUCCCAACUACGAUAAGAUCAUUCCAGUCAUGUUAGAGGAAGGUGUAAAAGCACUACCAGAAAAGUGCAAACUUACACCAGGAAUUCCUCUAAAACCUAUGUUGGCGCAUCCAACCAAAGGAGUCCAAGAAGUUCUAACCCGCUUCGAAGGCAUGAAAUUUACAUGUGAAUGGAAGUAUGAUGGUGAAAGAGCUCAGAUUCAUGUAAAUGAUAAAGGGGAAGUGAGCGUUUACAGUAGAAAUCAAGAAAAUACUACGAGCAAAUAUCCAGACAUCAUUGGAAGAUUUAAGAACACAUGUGGUGAAGAAGUAAAGAACUGUAUUCUAGACUGUGAAGCAGUUGCUUGGGAUCGAGAAAAGAAGCAAAUACUUCCGUUCCAAAUCCUCAGUACCAGAAAGCGAAAGGAUGCGAACGAAGCCGAUAUCAAAGUGCAAGUGUGUGUAUUUAUUUUUGACUUAUUAUAUUUCAAUAAUGAACCACUCGUGAAAGAACCUCUCAUAAAACGUCGUCAGCUACUAUUAGAUAACUUCAAGGAAAUUGAAGAUGAAUGGAAAUUUGCAACACAUCUUGAUACCUCGACGAUGGAAGAAGUUCAGGACUUCCUUGAAGAAUCAAUGAAAGGAAAUUGUGAAGGUUUGAUGGUCAAGACGCUGGAACGAGAUGCAACCUACGAGAUUGCAAAGAGAUCAAGAAACUGGUUAAAGCUGAAGAAAGACUAUUUGGAUGGGGUCGGCGACACGCUGGAUGUGGUCGUCAUUGGAGGUUAUAUAGGGAAAGGAAAAAGAACUGGAACUUAUGGGGGUUUUCUUUUAGCCUGUUACGACGAAGAGAACGAGGAAUAUCAAAGUCUUUGCAAAAUCGGAACUGGAUUCAGUGACGAAGAUCUUCAAAAGCAUUCAGAAUUUUUCAAGGAACAUGUGAUUCCAGAGCCAAAAUCCUAUUACCGCUACGAUAGUAGUCAUGAGCCAGACCAUUGGUUUGAAGCAGUUCAAGUGUGGGAAAUAAAGUGUGCAGAUUUGUCUCUUUCGCCAGUUCACAAAGCUGCUACCGGAAUUGUGGAUCCCGAGAAAGGAAUAUCUCUACGUUUUCCACGAUUCUGUCGAAUUCGCGAAGAUAAAAAUGUUGAGGAUGCUACAUCUGCAAAGCAAAUCGCUGAUAUGUAUAGUAGUCAAGAGCAAAUUAAGAACCAAGCUUCUUCGUCGAAAGUUGCUGAGGAAGACUUUUACUAAUUUAGACUUGUUUCAAGAAUUCGUUUCUCAUUUUUUGAUACUACACGCAGGUCUGUGCAACGAGAAAAUAUUUGUUUAAGGUAAUUAAUUUGCAUAAUUGUAUUGUUUUUUGAGAAAUUUAUGUGACUGUAAUGUAUGUAUGAGUUUAUUAUUAUUGACAAAUUAUUUGUAAAGUAUGAUUUGAUGAGCUGAGAAAGUCGAACUGACCAUUUUUGUGUCAGUAAUAAAGCAGUUUUGUAGAAGA